AUGGCUGAAGGUGGAGGUUUACUGGAUCAGGACGAGUUCAGCUGUUCGAUAUGCCUGGAUCUACUGAAGGAUCCGGUGGCUAUUGCCUGUGGACACAGUUACUGUAUGGGCUGUAUUAAGGGCUACUGGGGUCAGGAUGAUCAUACUGGUGUCUACAGCUGUCCCCAGUGCAGAGAGACCUUCACCCCAAGGCCUGUUUUAAGAAAAAACACCAUGCUGGCUGAAGUGGUGGAGAAACUGAAGAAGACAGGACUCCAAGCUGCUCCUCCUGCUCACUGUUACGCUGGACGUGGAGGCGUGGUGUGUGAUUUCUGCACUGGGAGAAAGCACAAAGCCGUCAAGUCCUGUCUGGUGUGUCUGGCCUCUUACUGUGAAACUCACCUCCAACCUCACUAUGAAUCUCCUGCCUUUAAGAAGCACAAACUGGUAAAAGCCACUGGAAACCUGCAGGAGAAAAUCUGCUCUCAUCAUGACAAAGUUCUGGAAAUUUACUGUCGUACCGAUCAGCAGUGUAUCUGUUAUCUGUGUACAAUGGAUGAACACAGAGGCCAUGAUACAGUCUCAGCUGCAGCAGAAAGAACUGAGAAACAGGACACCAAUGAAGAAAGUAUUGAAUAUUUCACCAAUGCAAGUGGAGCCCCCUUCUCUUCUCCUCCAUCAGAUUCCUGUGGGCUCACACUGGACCCCAACACAGUGCAUGAAGAGCUCCGUCUGUCUGAGGGGAACAGAGAGGUGACCCGUGUGAGAGAGAUCCAGUCAUAUCCUGAUCAUCCAGAGAGAUUUGAUAACUGGCCCCAAGUGCUGUGCAGAGAGGGUGUGUCUGGACGCUGUUACUGGGAGGCUGAGUGGAGUGGAGGUGGGGUUGAUAUAGCAGUGUCAUAUAAAGACAUCAGCAGGAAAGGAGACGAUGAUGAUGCUGCUCUGGAAUGUAAUGACAAGUCCUGGAGUUUGUUCUGCUCUCCCUCCGGUUACUAUUUCUGGCACAAUUGUGAGAGCACUGUAAUCCCUGUUCCCUCCUCCUCUAGAAUAGGAGUGUACCUGGAUCACAGGGCAGGAACUCUGUCCUUCUACAGCGUCUCUGACACAAUGACCCUCCUGCACACAGUCCAGACCACGUUCGCUCAGCCCCUCUAUCCUGGGUUUUGGUUUCAUUACUGUGGAUCCUCUGUAAAACUGUGAUCUGGGUUGAGUCAGAAAGUGAAGAGAAGAUCUGCUGUAAUUAAAGAGAGGGAAAAACAGUGAGAUAAAACAGUGAAAUGAGAUAGAAAAUGAAUUAAAUGAAAUAUUGGGCUGGCUCAUUGCACCAAGGGCCGAGUUUUACCUUGAUAUGCAGCUUCACAAACCUGAUUUAAUAAGAUUUGGUGAAGUCACUGUUUUGACUCCAUUUUGAUGAUUUAGGAGUGCUUAAUGGAUGAUUUUUGAGACGCCUUUAGAAGUAUUACAUCGCUGUACAGGGCAUUUAGUGCUGCAGCACCCAGGCUCUGGAAUGACCUUCCUGGGUGCAAUAGGACUUCUGAAUCCAUCCAGUCUUUCAGAACACAGUUAAAACCUGUCUGUUUAGGGAGGCCUAUCACACUGGUCAUCACACAUAGCAUUUCUCUGCUCAUUGGGGGAUCUCCUCCCUGCUGGUUCCUUGUAAACAUUGUUUUUAUAGCUUGCUCUUGUUUUUACUCUUGCUUUUUGUGUUGCUUCUUGUAUUGUUGUUAAUCAAAAAAAUUUUCAUUAUUAUUUUUGAAA